AUGCCAACCUCCCUUGCCUUCUCCAGCGUCACCACCAGCUCUCUCAUCGGCGUCGCUAUAGCCUGUGGAGGCAAUGUCCUCAUUUCUCUGGCCUUGACGAUCCAAAAGCUCGCUCAUCGUCGCAAUGAAGAAGCUCUUCAUGCGUCCGAGUAUGAUUCCAGCGAUGAGGAUGAAGGUGAAGAGGAGGAUGAAAACGGUGUGCAACGAACGAGUCCUUCGAGAGGACCAUCACCUAUACCUGAAGAAGACGAACCGCCCCCCACUCCUCGGCCUGACGGCGAUGUCUCCUUCACUCCACCUUCGGCAGGGACCUUCGGGGCUCAAGACCUAGUUAUGGAGCAAGGCACGAUGGAAACAGAAGGCUUCGGAGGACAGGCGUUAGCGGAAGAUCUCAGAGACGAUGGGCUGGUGAGAAUGCCCAUCAUGAUAGUGCCCGAGCGGUCGCUAUCGGAUAGUGUGGCUUUACAGGUCCCCGGGAAUGGGCAAGGGGACGAGAGUGCUCUCAAAAGCCAGUCCACCUCUGGCUCUUCUUCACGAGUCACGUCGCCUACACACAAACCGAUACUGACGCAAAACCAUUCCAACUCACACGUGAAACUUGAGUCUCCGCCUCAACAUCUCCGGUCCAAAAGAAUGGCUUCAGAGCGACAUGUUACUGACCAGGAGGUUGAUGAAGGACAAGAUGGCCACGAAGCGACAUCGACGCAGACGAGUGGGCAGAGGGUGGGGGAGGUGCAGGAAGGGCAGUACCUGAAGAGCAGGUUGUGGUGGGCUGGAAUGGUGUUGAUAGCUGUUGGUGAAGGAGGCAACUUUCUGAGCUAUGGCUUUGCACCUGCCAGUGUAGUGGCGCCUCUCGGUACUGUCGCACUGAUAGCGAACUGUGUCUUUGCGCCGCUGAUACUGGGAGAGAGAUUCUACAAAAGAGAAAUAUUUGGAAUGGCCUUGGCUAUCAUUGGUGCUGUCACAGUACUCGACCCCGACCAGCUCCUCCACGCCCUCACCCGUACCCCCUUCCUCAUCUACACCUCUCUCAACCUGCUCCUACUCCUCCCUCUCCUCUGCCUCUCUCGCUUUCCCAUUGCGACCCGUAUCCUGCCCAUAGACGUCGCCAUCUGCGCCCUUUUUGGCGGCUACACUGUCCUAGCUACCAAAGCCCUCUCGUCCCUCUUAUCACAAGACUUUUUCGGCGCUUGGGAGAAUGGGAUUACAUGGGGAUGUGUGGCAGUCGUAGGAGGGACGAGUCUGGGGCAAGUCAGGUGGCUAAACAGGGCGUUGAUGAGGUUUCAGAGUAAAGAAGUUAUACCGACACAGUUUGUAUUCUUUACACUUGCUGCGAUCAUAGGAUCGGGAGUGUUGUAUCAAGAGUUUGAAGGGUUGACCUUUUCGAGCUUUGUCAAUUUCGCUUUUGGCAUCGCAACCACCUUUUUCGGCGUAUACCUCCUCACCACCACACCCUCCGAACCUGCUUUUGACCUGUCCGAAUCUGGCUCUGAAACCGAAGAACAAGUCGUUGACGGCGCGAUCCAACUAAACGACCCCGACGACCCAGAACUCGUCCGAGCCACAUCCUCCUCUUCCCUCGGCUUUCUCCUGCCCACAUCAUCCACAACCAACGAACAAGCUCCUCUCCUCGUCUCUUCCCCCUCCCUCUACACCAGCUCUACCACAGCUUCCCUAGCGCCGGGUAUACCCAGACGGCAUAGUGAUGCGCCCAUCCUCCACUCCCGCGGGCCCGGCGCCGACGGCCGAUCGCUCACUGCUAUCCCGGCUACACCGAGAAAAGCCCGGUUGACCAAAAGGACGUCCACGAGCGAGUUCAUAUCGGCUCCAAAGCUGGUGGGAUCGCAAGCUGGUGUCUUGCUCCUCGCUACCACCCCUCCGCCCAAUGGCCCGGCCUAUCUAGCGACUUCUGCGGGGUACGUGCCCAAUACCGGGAGUCUUCGAGGCCGGGGCUGGACCCUUGGUUUAGGAGGCGGCAGGCAGGGAGAUGAAGAGAGUGGGGUUGAAGGGAUGGGGUAUGGGAGUUUGAGUCGCGCGAGGGGAAGGAGUAGGAGUGGGAGUGUGAUGUUUGCAGAGCAGAGAGGGGAGAGCGGGUCGAGGCAGGGAUCGCAUUCGCGUUCGGGGUCGAAAGCUAGUGAGAGGGGAGAUGAUCAGAACCAAAGAGCAUAG